UCCCUCUCCAGCCCCCUUCACAGAUUCCUUCUCUGCUCUGCUCUCACUCACAGUCAGAGGAUUCGUCCGGCCACGUGACUUCACCGGAGCUUCUCGGCGAUCGGAAAUGGUGCUCCAAAACGACGUAGACUUGCUCAAUCCUCCGGCGGAGCUCGAGAAGAGGAAGCACAAGCUCAAGCGGCUCGUUCAGACCCCAAACUCCUUCUUCAUGGGCUGCUUCAACAUAACCACUGUCUUUAGCCACUCGCAGACGGUUGUAGUGUGCGGGAACUGUCAAACGGUGCUUUGCCAGCCAACUGGUGGGCGUGCAAGGCUCACGGAGGGCUCCUCCUUCAGGAGAAAGGGCGACUGAACUGUUAUCGACUUUGCUGCGGUUCUGUCUACAUUACGGUCGAGGUGAAAAUGGUGGCUUUGAGCUGGUGGCUGGUGUAAUGAAAGAAUCUGGGAAUGUUACAGCUCUAUUUUGCUCUUCAUAUGUGUUAGUUGUUAUUAGGACGAGGUUGUUGUGAACCAUAUGAUAAAAAAUCAACUUCCCUUUUGUUGGAUAUGUGCUUCAGUGACGUCCUUAUGGUUUAUACUUC